AUGCUGAAGUCAGUGUCAGUGCUUCUGCUGGCAUGGCAUUUGGUUGGUGCCAACCUCGUACCCGAGAGUACCGUUACAUCGGAAAAGCUUGUAAAUGCGCCUCCGAUGCAUCCCUCGACCACAUCCUUAGGCAGUCUUUACCGUAGCGCGAGAGAUGAUUACAACUCGAGAAGGCAUUGUUCAAACUGCGGACCAGGCUACGAGCGGGAUAUGCGUAGCUAUGGUCGGCAAACUGGCAUAACAGGGUAUUACAGCGGAAUGGGCUCCAUCGAUGACGAUCGCAAUUGGUAUUAUCGUCCAGAGGGUUACGAUGACCGGUACAGAGGAGGAGUUUCCCAAAUGGGAAAUUUUCGGCAACCCUCUUACGCAGGAUAUGAGUAUGAUCGUUACAUGCAUCGACCUGAUGAUCGUGGUGGAUAUGGCUAUCCAGCGGUUAUGUCGAUGAGAGCAGGUUACUAUGAUGGACCAGGCAACAGCAGGAUGCCAUCGUACUAUCCAGAAAUGAUGCGUGGUUUUGGUUAUCGGGGUAACGGCUACGAUAAUCUGGAUCCACGUUAUGAUUAUUAUAUGACACAACGGGGCAACCCUGCUGCGAUGAGCAAUAGAGACCGUUACUAUGGAUCCUCGGGAUACUACGAUGAUCGAAUGAGCUAUGGUGGUCAAUACGAUAAUAAGAAUUUCCGACCGUGGGAUCAAACAUACAGAGGAAUAUCUGGUUUUGAUAAUUCUGGACGUGGUUAUUAUUUUGCAAGUCGCCCCUCAACAUCUUCCUCCCAAACACUACCACCAUCAUCAUCAUCAUCAUCAUCAUCACCUUCAAGUUCCUUGUCCGCACACGCAUCAUAUCAUGUACAAGCACAUCCCGUCCUAACAUCGGGCUACAAUGGGCAAGGAAGCGGGCAUGAGCACCACCAGACGGGUGGCUCAAAUGCAGGAGGCUACCGGCCGGAAGCGAAUCACCAGCAUCACUAUAACGGACAAGAUCGGCCCGAUUAUGAGCCCUCAGAUUCGACGCAAAAUUGCUGCCGUAAUCGAUAUCCAGAGUAUGCAUCUCAUGGCCACGGCAGCUCCAACUCUGUUCAUAGCUACGGUGGCAGUAGUGGUGGUGGGGGUGGUGCAGAGAAUGCUCCAAGACCUUCUGCAGCUCCAGGGAGUUGGAAUUACAUAUCGGGUGGUACACAAACCGGCACUGGAGGUAGUGGCCAUGCCGGAGUAGCGAGUAGCUCGUAUGGAUCUUAUGGGGAACCACACAGUGGUCCAGGACACUAUCCAGGACAUAAGAACAAUGGUGUGACUGGAUACAAACACGAAGACAAUAAAAAUCGAGACGAUCAUUAUAGAGAUUCAGAUCAUCGGCAGCAGAGCGCUGCCUUCGGCGGGCGUCCGCGGCCAUCAUCCUUAGGGGAUACGAGCUAUCUGAUGGAUCGUGUCAACAGUGUUAACAACCGCGAUCUCUCGGAUCAACCAACGGCAGCUGAAGUUGGUGCUACGAGUGUGAAACCCCACGAAACUUUUACUGUUGCAAGUGAGUCGAACAAUAUCGAACAAGUCGAGCAGCACGUAGAAUCAGACAAGCGAACCAACCAAGAUCAAGCUGCAUAG